GUGCUAAUUUGGCUUUGACUUUCCAAAUGCGUUACUUUAAAUUCAUUCGUAAGACGAUACGCUGCAAGCGCGCUUCAUUGAAACAAUGUCUGAAAGCUUGGAAACAUUCGAACUUACUCUGCCCCUGGGACAAAUUAAGGGCGUUAAGCGCCUUAGUCUCUACGAUGACACCUAUUAUAGCUUCGAAAAGAUUCCCUUUGCCAAGCCCCCACUGGGAGAAUUGAGAUUCAAGGCGCCUGUUCCAGCUGAAUCAUGGAGCGGAGUUUUGGAUUGCACCCACUACUCGGAAAAGCCAACACAGAGGAAUUUACAGACAAGUGUUUUUGAAGGUGCCGAGGACUGUCUGUAUCUAAAUGUUUUUUCCAAGCAGUUGAAGAACGGCAAGCCAUUGCCGGUAAUGGUGUACAUUUUUGGCGGGGCCUUCAACGCGGGUGGGGCGGUACGUGAAUUGUACGGUCCGGACUAUUUCAUGACCAGAGAUGUGGUCCUGGUAACCUUUAACUAUCGCGUUAAUUGUUUGGGAUUUCUUUCCCUUAAGGAUCGGAGCCUGAAGGUUCCAGGGAAUGCCGGCCUUAAGGAUCAGGUACUGGCACUCAAGUGGGUCAAGGAGAACAUUUCCUACUUCAAUGGCGAUCCUAAAAACAUUACGGUUUUCGGAAACAGCAGCGGUGGCAGUUCCACUCACAUUAUGAUGUGCACUGAUCAGACUAAGGGACUGUUCCACAAGGCUAUUCCAAUGUCGGGAACAGUGCACAGUUACUGGACCGAUUGCCCGAGUGAGGACUUUGCUUUUCGCCUGGCUCAGCAGUGUGGAUUCACUGGCGAAAACACAGACGACAAGGUUCUGGAGUACCUUCAGGGUGUUCCUGCUAGAGAUCUUGUGAGCCACAAUCUGUUAACGCCCGAGCAUAAAAGGAAUGGGAGGUUCUUUGCCUUUGGAACCACCGUAGAGUCGUAUGUGGGAGACGAUUGUGUAAUUCCCAAGCCGCUUGUCGAAAUGGUCCGCGGUGCAUGGUCCAACAAUAUACCUGUCAUGCUGGGGGGAGCUUCAUUCGAGGGUCUCUUCAUGUAUCGAGAGGUAUCUGCCAAUCUGAAGACAUGGGACAACCUAAGUCAGGAUCCCUUGAGAGUAGUUCCUCCGGAGGUUCGUAAGGUCAACAGCGAAGAGAAGAAUAUGGAAUAUGCCCAGCGUCUAAUCAAAGCACAUUUCGGCAAUGCUCCACCGAGCUCAGCGCUCCUCAUGAAUAUUCUCGAUUAUUAUUGCUACAAAACGUGGCAUGGCUUUCAUCGCACUUUUAACGCAAGACUCGCCUAUGCAAAGGCACCAACAUACUACUACCGCUUUGACUUUGAUUCUCCGAACUUCAACUUCUAUCGUGCUAGAUUCUGUGGGGAUAACAUAAAGACUGGAGUGUCCCACGCUGAUGAACUUAGCUAUUUGUUCCGGAACUCGAAAUCUUGGAAACUAGAAAAGACAUCUGCCGAAUAUCGCACCAUCGAAAGGAUGGUUGGCAUUUGGACAGCAUUCGCAGCGACCUCCAAUCCCAAUUGCGUCGAAACUGCUCAUCUAAACUGGAAACCAUCAACAAAAGAGAAUCCUAAACGAGUUAUUAAUAUCAGUUAUGAUGUAAAGAUGAUUGAUUUGCCCGAGUAUGAAAAACUUCAAAUUUGGGAUGACAUCUACAAGUCGAAUCAAUUGAUCUAAACUUAAAAGAAAUAAACACUAUUAUGCUCAUCAUG